AUGGAAUCAAGUAUCAAGCCAAAUAUUAAGGAUAUUAAAGAUUAUAUUGGUAGGGAUAUAUAGGAUUUAUUGAGGGCUAGUAUAUUUUUCAAGAUUAUUAAAAAGAGAAAAGAGGGCAAAAAAGAGGAGGAGGAAGAAGAGGUUAUGAUUGAUUAAGAUGUCUAUCAAACUAAAUCAGGUUCCCCAAUGGGAACUUUCAGAAAUUUUAGGUCAAAGGGGUUAUCAGUAUUCACUCCCUAAAACUCUGACAUAAUUGAGUUUAUCACAUUGUACAAUGAAGACAUUGAAUCGUAUAGGAUGUGCCCUUUAAAAUUACCAUAUAAGCUAGAGUGGAAGCACAAAAACUAAGAUGUAGUGAGAAGACUUGGAGAUUCUAAAAAUAAGGGAGGAGGAUCGAUACCAGUUUGGAUUAAUUUCGAGCACAUGGGUAUUAGUUUCCAGUUCUUAAACAAUGAUUGGGCGGACAGUGCUAAUCCAAUUACUCAUAUCACUAUUUUCAACCCUUCAAAGUAAUAAACUGAUUGCUCUUUAUGUCUAAGACCAGUGGCCAAGGCUAAGGACGGUACUGUACUUGCUUAAUGCCUCUGUGGAUUAUCAUUUUGCUCUUCAGCUUGUUUAGAUGAUUUCAAAUAAUAUCAUCUUUGUACGUUUGGAUGA